AUGACAGCGCAAGAGCAUAAUCAAACGUCUGAGAUUGACAAGUCGCGAUCCUCCGGAAAAUUGUCGGUGAAUUCUCGCAGGUCAAGAUCAGAGAAAGAUGGUGAAGACGAUGAUUCGUCUCAAUCAUUGGCAGGUAAUAGAUCUUCUCAAAAGUCUAAAAGACGAUCGAAGGACUAUAGUGAGGAUGCCACGGAAUUAUUGACCGUUGACAAGCCUUCCCAAAAGGCGAGAAGAAGAUCGAAAGACAGUAGUGACGACCAUUCGGAAUCGUUGACUGUUGGCAACCCUUCGCAAAGGUCUAGAAAAUCAAGGUCAGAAGACGACAGCAAAAGCGGUUCCCGAUCAUUGACCUCAUAUAAAUCUUCUCACAAAUCCAAGCGAAGAUCGAAAGACUAUAGCGACGACGAUUCGGAAUUAUUGUCAAAUGCUAAAUCUUCCCAAAAGUCGAGAAGAAGAUCGAAAGACUAUAGCGAAGAAGACGAUUCUGAAUCAUUGACUGUUGGCAAACCUUCUCAAAAAUCAAAAAGACGAUCGAAGGACUAUAGUGAAGAUGACACGGAAUUAUUGACGGUUGACAAGCCUUCCCAAAAGGUGAGAAGAAGAUCGAAAGACAGUAGUGACGAUAAUUCGGAAUUGUUGGCUGUUGGCAACCCUUCGCAAAGGUCUAGAAAAUCAAGAUCAGAAGACGAUCGCAAAAGCCGUUCCCGAUCAUUGACCCCUAAUAGAUCUUCUCACAAAUCCAAGCGAAGAUCGAAAGACUAUAGCGACGAUGAUUCGGAAUCCUUGAACCUUGAUAAAACUUCGAACCGGUCUAGAAUUGCAAGAUCAACAGACCGUAGUGAUGAUGCUGAAUCCUUGAGGUUUGGUGAACAUUCUCACCGGUCUAGAAAAUCAAGAUCAAAAGACGAUAGCAAAGUUGGUUCCCGAUCGUUAACCCCUAACAGAUCUUCUCGCAAUAAGCCGAGAAGAACAAGAUCAUUGGAUGACAACGAACCUCUUUACGACGACUCUGGCGAUCGUGGCACAAGUCCAAAAAAAGAACGGAAUGGCGCAAGAGCAACCAGGCCUGGCGCAUUUUCCGAGGAUGCCAGCAGCCACUCUGGUGAUCUACGAAAAAAGCGAAUAAGUGAUAUCACGGCACUGAAACCAGGUGCGGUUCCUGAAAAUGCCAUGCGUAGUUCUGGUGGAGGCUUACGAGCAAUCAAGCCAGGUGCGGUUUCUGAAAGUGCCAACAGCGAAUCCAGUGAAGGUACAAGACCAAGAAAGUCAGGGGAGGUGCCUGAAAAUACCAGUAAUCAUGAUUUCCGAAACCAGGAUCAAAGCGGCUCUGAGUUGUCCAAGCCCGGUGCUGUAUCCGAAUCUGCGAUGUCUGAUCGGGCUCAGCGAAAGGUAGGGAGGGCUAGUGGUAUGUCAGCAAACCUGUCAAUGGUACAUCCGCAGAUAGUCGGGCAAGAUGGUGUUGUUGUGGAGGCUGUCGAGGUCGCUUCCAAGCCCGGUGCUGUAUCCGAAUCUGCGAUAUCUGAUAGGGCUCAGCGAAAGGUAGGGAGGGCUAGUGGUAUGUCAGCAAACCUGCCACUGGUAAAUCCGCGCACAGUCGGGCAAGAUGGUGUUGUUGUGGAGGCUGUCGAGGUCGCUUCGAAGCCCGGUGCCGUUUCCGAAUCUGCGAUGUCUGAUAGGGCUCAGCGAAAGGUAGGGAAGGCUAGUGUUGGGGAAGAUGAAUUUGUUGUUGAGGCAGCAACUGUGGAACGGAAUACUCUGGAGGCAGCAGCUGCGAACGCAACAGCUGUGGAUGGCAAUUCGGAUGAACACGGAGUCCAGCGAGUCAGACACGAGUACGAGACAAAAGAGAAAAGGCGUCAACGAGAAAUUGAAGAGCAAAAUCAAAGGCGAAUAUUAGAAGAAUUGAAUCAGAGGCUCGAAAAUGAAGCAGAACAAGACCGGAUUGCCAGCGAGGAACCAAAAUCUAAAAAGAAGGGUUUCAUUGUAAUUAUGGUAUGUCUGCUGAUUCUGAUUGCGGCUGGAAUCGGUGCCUAUUUUGCACUUCGUGAGGAUGACAGUGACACUGGCACCCAAAAGGCGAUUGUUGGAGAUCCAACAUCCUCGCCUUCGUUUGGGCCCUCUCAGAGUCCAUUUACGACUUCCCCUUCAAGUUCUCCGACUUUCGCCCAGCUGUAUGAUCCGCCACGUCCCGAAGAUUGCGUUGCAAUUUCCAAGAAUGAAACCAUCUUUGGACAAGAAAGUCUCGAUCAGAGUGGCUUUGGCCUCAACCUGGAUGUCACUCUUAGUCAAGCUGGUGACAUUGCCGAUGGUACGGUGCAAGUCUUGAUGGACGCAAUUCAAACAAAACUUCUCCCAAAAAUAGCAGGCUGCGAUCAAGUUAUGAGCCGAAGGACUCUGUCCAAAGCGAUUGUACCAGUAAUUCGAGGUAUGAGGCACCAGAGACAGCUCGCUAUCGGAACAUCUCGGUAUGUAAUCUUGAACGCGUUUGUAUUGGGGAAUGAAGAUAAGGAAGCAAUGUGCAUCGAUAGAAGUGAAAUUCCAGAGCAGUGUCACCGAGUGGUGGUUGAGUUGACAGUAUUCUUGAAGGGAUUCAUCAAGUUUAUUGACAUCGUGAAUCUGAUUGGAGAUGCAGUGCCUGUUGGCACAAACUUGGUGAAUCCUUUGGAUUUGGACGUUCCAUUCUUUGACGUUAAGAUGGUUGGUGUCGAUAUUCUGACCCCGACAGCAGCUCCCUCUUUCAUGCCCACGGAUACGCCGAGCAGCUCACCUUCAGAUCUGCCUUCCGCGAAUCCUUCCACAUCUCCCCCAACAUCCACACCAACAAUGUUUCCGACUUUCAUGCCAUUUCCUGGAUCCACUCCGCGUCCGACUCCAUCGCCCACACCAGCACCGACGCGGGAGCCAACCCCGGCACCAUCUACACAGCCCUCAGCAGAUCCUACGGUUUUGGCAAGCUCAAUCCCAACCUUGGCUCCUGCAUCUGCUGUAUCUCGUCCAACUCUGGCUCCGGUAGUUGGUCCGGCACCUGCAUUGGCGCCUGUUGUUGGUCCAACACCGCCUCCCACAAAGGCACCAACAUUGGCUCCAGUAGUUGGGAAUACGUCACCUCCUACUCUAGCGCCGGUAGUUGGUCCAACACCGUUGCCAACAACGGCGACACCCACAAAAGCACCAACCUUAGCACCUGUGGUUGGACCAACACUUCCUCCAACGAAAGCACCAACUCCGUUGCCGACGACAGCGUCACCCACAAAGGCACCAACAAAGUUCCCGACUUUGGCUCCUGUGGUUGGACCAACACCUCCGCCUACAAAGGCUCCAACACCGCUACCAACAACAUUGCCCCCCACCAAGUUCCCAACCCGUCGACCAUCAGUAUCACCAAGUGCUUCACCAACGCCGAAGCCCAGUUUGAGCCCCACUUCUUCGCCUUCGGGGUCUCCUAUCUCGUCACCCUCGUCUUUGCCGUCCGCCUCGCCUUCCUUAUUACCAUCAUCUUCCCCUUCGAUUGUGCCUACCCCAAACUGUUUCUGUCAGAAUGUGAACAAUUGCGACGCAACGAUUGCUGGUUUGAGAAUAGGUUGUGAUUCCUGUGCUUCCAAUGGGGCAUGUACCAGUCUGAGUCUGUCUGCUGAUAGUGGUGCAACCUUGACAAUCGGAGAAGGUGCAUGUACCGGUCGAAAUAGUUGCCAAGGAGCUACCAUCCAUACCAUUGGUGACGGAGCGUGUACCGAAGCGACAGCGUGCGCAGGUCGACAUUUGAAUGCAGGCGCAACCAGUUGCACUGGAAGGUUUAGUUGCAGUAUCGUGGGAAGCGGUCAAGUGUCCAUCAAUAGCAACAGUGCCGGUCUAUUGACUAUAGGAGAUGGAUCAUGCGCGGAACAGUACAGUUGCUUCUCAUACAAUGGGAGUGUUGGAAGCGGUUCAUGUACGGGUGAGGGAAGCUGUGGUGCUCGUAGCACUCUACAAAUUGGAGAGGGCUCAUGCUUGGGUGAGAACUCUUGUUCAGGCUCGGAAAGAAGCAACAGACUCCAAUUUCCAACUUCUCCAAGGUCCAUCACAGUGGCCGAUAACAGCUGCAAUUGCGCGGAGUGCUGCAUGUGUAUGACAGUUGUGAAUGUGUCAGGCUCUUGCAAUACAUCCGGAUCGUGCUGCAGUGCGCGAGAUCCAACUCAAUACUCCAGUUCCUUUACACUAACAGAUAACCUCUACUAG